AAAACCCGUAAGGGCAGAUAUACGUUUUGGUUUCCAACGAUUAUUUUUCUUUUAUUUUUCCUUACUAGGGUGAACACACGGUUCAAAUUGCAACGCUUGCAAAACGUAAAUGGGAGUAACAAACCCUGUGCGUCAUUUUAACAAACACCUUACCAACCAAGUACUGGUAUUGGUAAUCAAAGACCUUCCAUUCGAUGCACCACCACCGUCACCGUCACCGUCACCGUCAGCUGCGCCAUGGACAAAUGACGCUGUCACGGAAGUUCUCCGCUCCAUCUCCCGCUACACCCUCCAAUCACCUCGCUCCAUCGGUCGCCAGAGCGGCUUCCGUCACCGCACCCCGCUGCGGCAGCGCAACCUCAACCUCGAACAUCACAAGUUCUGCAACAACACUCUCGUCUUAGGCCCAGCUGCCCACCAAGACCCCUACAAGGUCCAUCUCGGCUCAUUAAAGGCCCUCGAGUUCUUCCGCUGGGUCGAAGCCCGCUUCGCCUUUGCCCAUUCCGAAGCCACGUGCCGCGAGCUGGCAUGCCUACUUGCCCGUGCCAGCGCAACCAAACACCUCUGGAAUUUCCUCAAACAGUGCCCUCAUGUGACCACCGCCACUGUCACGUGCGUCAUCAAACUCCUCGGAGAGCACGGCCUCGCCGACGAAGCCUUGCUCACCUUCCACCGAAUGAAACAGUUCCGCUGCAAACCUGAUACCCAUUCCUACAACACGCUGAUUUACGCGCUAUGCUGUGUGGGGAACUUCACCAAGGCGCGAUACCUUCUCCAGCAAAUGGAGCUUCCCGGUUUCUGGUGCCCGCCCGACACCUUCACUUACACGAUUCUCAUAAGCUCUUAUUGCCGCUACGGAAGGCUCACCGGCUGCAGGAAGGCCACGCGCCGACGGAUUUACGAGGCCGGGCGUCUCUUCCGGUCAAUGCUUUUCAAAGGGUUGGUUCCCGAUGUUGUGACUUACAAUGCCCUAAUUGAUGGGUGCUGUAAGACGUUGCGCGUGGAGAGGGCUUUGGAGUUGUUCGAUGAUAUGAAGACAAGGGGUGUUGUUCCGAACCAUGUUACUUACGGGUCUUUCAUAAGGUACUAUAGUGCUGUGAAUGAGAUUGAUAAGGGUGUUGAGAUGUUGAGGCAGAUGCAGAGGUUGGGGCACGGGGUUCCCGGUUCGAAUUCAUAUACUCCCAUCAUUCACGCGCUUUGUGAAGCUGGGAGGGUUGUUGAGGCUUGGGGGUUUCUUGUUGAGUUGGUUGAUGGCGGAUCCGUGCCCAGAGAGUAUACUUAUGGGUUGGUUUGUGAUGCGCUUCGCGCUGCCGGGGAGGGUGGCUUGUUGUUGAAGGAGGAUGUGGUGCACAAGAAAAUAAAGGAUGGCAUAUGGAAUAGGUAUAGGCAAAUGAUGAAGGUGAAACCUGUUAUGACUCGCAAGGGCUAUCAAGAGAUGGAGGAACCAGUUUGAGUUUGAAUGCACAAA